UUGUUACUUGAUAAUAUCAGACUUACAGUUUUACAUGCCCGAGUCGGAGUCAGUUCAUGUAGCCGACAUGGGAUGUCAACAUUGAUUGGGUUUUAUGGCUGGCGCGACGCCGGUCAAACUUUGAUCAUUUCCUGAAACCUAUUGAUCUUUCUAGGAGUCUGUAGUCGUCCGUCCUGUGGAGCCUUUGAUGCGGCAACUAAUUGCUGCCAUGUGAUUUUUUCUUUUUUGACAAAGCAGUUAUCUCUUUGUCUGAAGGUUUCUGCUGCUGUCGGGACUUCUCAGUAUAUAUCCUCCGCAGGCAUCUCUUUUAAUGUCUGUUGCCAUAGCAACGGGCGGCAGCUGCAGACAGAACAAGAUGUAAAGUUCUUUUUUCCUGGCUUAUCUUUUCAAACUGGUGCUGUUCCAUUAGGUAAUUGUAUAUAUUUAGUAGAUAAGAAGCAGUAGACUUGAUUAGUCGAUGGCUGUGUGCAGUUUUUAGACUUUUAUUUCCUAGACUGGAUUUUUUUUUUUUCUUUUUUACUAGACAGUCUUUGUCUAUGCGGAGCUCGGCGGGCUCUGAGAAUCAGGGUUGUUUCAGGUCACCUGUCUCCCCCCCUCCCUAUUCGGUGUUCGUCUUGCGCGCUUCGGCUGAGCUCCGUUUGUCCUGAUCUCACCUUUUAUUAACAGCAGCUACCAUCUUCAUCAGUCAAACUGAGGUGCCAUCAUCAGAAAUGACUGUAUAAAUCAGAUUAAAAUACUGGUUUCACUUGUACAUAUCACUCUGUGCAGCUGCUUGGCCUCGAGGCCACUAAUCACUGAUCAUUAGGCAUGCUGUUUGUGACAGUCUGUUCCUGUUACUGUCUGUUUGUAGGUGACUCAGGAUUUCUCCUCAUGUAGAGGGGUCAUCUCCUCUGCAGUCACCUGACCUACACUGUGUUCUGUGCACUGGAACAUCCUCGGUGCAGCGUGAGGGUUAACUCUGUUCAUAGAGCCUUUCAGCACCCAUGUGUAUGAGAACACACCUGGAUUUUCAUCUCUAGUGUUAACAAGUCCAUUUAUGUUGGAUCUUUUGCCUUCUGUAAGUGCUAUUUCCCUCUCGAGACUAAUUUCUGGUUUUAUUAGGGGUGUGACAGACUGUUUUGUUUGUUCUGCAUGCUCUUUGAUUGUCCAAAUACCGGGUGUCUUUUGUGACUUUUCCAGCCAUACUUCUUUACAGCUUUCUGGAGAUUAUCCCAGCCUGUCUGGCAGUGCAUGAGUGUGACUGGAUCCUACAUGGUGCUUUUUGGCCAGGACCAGAUGGAUGACUAGCUAGAAUUGCUAGACAAUCCCUCUGUGGUGCUAGACUGGUGUAGGCGACUGUUCCUCUGCCAUGCAUCCAGCGCCCACUACAAGCUGGCCCGCUUUACUUCAGACACAGUUCUGAAAUGUUAGCAUGUAGAAAAAAAAAAUCUAUCUUUUGCGCUUGGCAUCACUGAAACAUCGGUGCAAAAUUUACAACGCUGUGUAAGUAGUCUAGGCAAGGUGUGUGUAAACCUUGCUCCGCCUUUGAGCGAGCAAAGGUCAGACAGAUUGUAAAUAUGACUAGUGCCUCUAUAGCACUGAGGUGUAGGCCAACAAGCUUGCUGCAGAACUAGGUGUAGCUUUGCCUCCUACUGAAACUGCUGCAGUUUUAUUUGUGGGACUUGGUGACUCUGCGAGAGACUGUUAACGUAAACAGACUGUUGUUUGCCUUCAAGGUUGGUCUAUGCAGAAUAUGAGGUGUUAUGUCACGUCUGCAAGGUAGAUUGUAGUAGAACUGAGUGUUAACACCGCUGCUUGAUAAUCCCUGCCUUAGAUAAGGAAAGAAGUGGUUCAAGAAUACAACUCUUGGCUUGUUCAUUUCAUAUGGCGCUGUGUGAACACUUCUCUCAGGUAACCCGACUAUAAUCUGGGCUUGUUAUUUGAACCAGGCAGUAAUAAAGCUACAGGGUAUGAAUAGGUGUAUAGAACGAUGAUCAUAACAACAGACAGCGGUUUUGACUGAACAUUUCCAGCUGGGUGAGCGACUUCACGCUCAACCCUGAGCCUCCAGCACCAUUCAGGGAACCCUGGCUUGGGAGUUCAAACCAGACCAAUCAGGUCUCAUUACCAUCACAACAAGCCCACCGGUAGUCGUCAUCAGCCAAUGACCUACAUUCUCCGGUGUUACAUCACCACCGUGCUACUGCAGUGUGUAUCACUGUACCAGACACAGGCAACGUCUCAGAUUCAACCUCCCACUAUCUAAUGGUGCUCCAGAAAAAAAAAAUCCAUCCUAACUGAGGUGGCCAGUUUUAAGGAACACACUUAAACCAAGGCAGCCUCACUUGUUUUAGCCAUAUCAGGAACUUCAUUCAGGAACGGGCCCAACUCUUAAGGCCCAGUCUUAAGUACUAAGUUUUUCUUUUUCUGUUUUCUAUUGGUGUCUAAAAAGGUGAGCAUGCCUAGCCUCUAGCCAUCCCCGAUAUUAAAGUUAAAGGGGCAGAAAGGCAGGGCUCACCAUUAAUAUAUUAGACAGAGGGACUGUUAAACAGGACAGCCUGGAGAACGGGCGAGCAGACGAGGGAGGAGGUGAGGGGGAGCGAGAGAUCAUCUGGAAGAGGAGAGAGGAAGUGGUGUUGCGGGAGAGGGCGGAGGCGUUGGAGAGACAGAGGUUGGCAGAGUUUAUCGUGUGGAGGAAGCGUGAGGACUUCCAGGAGAGGAGAGGAGACAGAGAGAAGGGAGGAAAGAGUGCAGAGAAAGGGAACCAGGCUGUACCAGAAGUAAUCUGGAAGAGGAGAGAAGAGGAAGAAGGAGACGCAGGGAGGGAGAGAGCGAGGGCUAUUCAGAGAGGACAUGAAACCAUUUGGAGGAAGAGAGAGAGGGAGUAGAAGGAGAAUCCGAUGAGAGAUUUGAGAAUAUGAUGUACUAGAAAAGUAGGGUGUUAAAAGAAAGCGUGCUGCGUUGGAUACUAGCCAUACAUCAGUAAGCCUCCUCUCUCUUCUUUAGCAGUUCUGGGGCUUCAUUGAGCUCUGCAGGUGCUCGCUGUAGUAUCGAUCAGUCGGAGCGGUGUCUCGUGCGUGCGUGUGUGUGUUGCUGCCGUGUUGGUGCACGCAGCCCCAUUGCGAUCCCCUCGUUGGCUGCUAAUAGGAUUUUUAUGGGCCCGUGUCAAGCAGCAUAGAGCUGCCAAGCGGAGCUGCUUCACACGUGCACGCAUGUACGCACGCCGACACACACAUACACAGAUCAUCUAAGGAGAAUUGUGGGAAGGGAAGGUUUAUACUGCCUCACACGCAUGUAAACACAAGCACGUACAAGUGCGCAGCCCUCAGUGCAUUGACACACAUGCGAGGGGGCGUUGAGAGACAAUCACUUGUGUUGAUUCUCCAUGGUGCUGGCGACAGCUGGAUAACUGGCCCUGACUGAGAGGUUAUUAAGCUGGGACAAGAUACUCACAAAUAUUGUUUUACAUUAUGGCAAAAACACCAAGAUGAACACUUUGUGGAGAGCUAAUACCACGCCAUCAUCAGUCCCUGGGAACACAAUAAACACUGAUUUCAAAGUGAACUGGUGACAAAAUGAUCCACACUGGUGCACUAAAAACAAACUUUUGUCAUCUUCUGCAUUUGACCAUUAACUGGGACACCCCACUUUUCAUCUGCGCCUUUUCUCAUUCUGCUUUCGUCGUGGGUGAAGCUGUUUCUGAAGCAGUUUGGAUUCGGCAGCCUGGUAAUGAGUGGAGGACGGACAACCAGACAGAUGGAUGCAGCUCUAACGUUGAGAGAGACAGACAGAUGGCUGUAUUUCGAGAGAAACUUUGAAUACUGAAACAAAGAGACUUUGAUUGAAUCACUAUAGCCCGUGUGGGCUUGCACGGACAUAAAAACUGACACUGCAAGAUUCAUUAUGGAGCUUGUCCCAAAAACCAAGUACACCCACUUUCGGAGUGAAUCACUGAGCUCAACAGAUGAAACAAACUCCAAUCCAUCUUCGUUCCCUCCUUCAAGUCCUGCCACCCCGCUCACACCCUCUCCCGGUUUACCUUCCUCUCUCUCCUCCUCAUCUCUCACUCCCAUCUUGCCCCCCUCUUCUCCCUGCCCGGCCGAGAACAGCCCUACCACCCUCUGCUCCUUCUUCCCUAGGAUGGGAUCCCUUCGUCUGGGUGUCUCGGCCACUCUUCUCCCAGGACUCAAGGCCUCGAGCAGGCCGCAGCAGCCUCAGGCGCCUGUUGAGUCCUCAGGGGAUGACAGGAGCAGCACUAGCUCCUCCCCUCCCCUGCAUCACCCUCUCCCCCCUCUAAUAGCUCCUUCUCCCCCUCCCCGACCUCCUCUGCAGGACAUGAACCGGCUGGGAGGGGCGUCCAGGAAGGCACGAGUGGAAGGAGGGCAGCUGGGUGGAGAUGAGUGGACGCGCCAUGGCUCCUUUGUCAACAAGCCCACCCGCGGCUGGCUGCACUCCGACAGUGUGGUUAGCACCACCGGUGUCUCCUACACUGUACGGUACAUGGGAUGCGUGGAGGUGCUGCAGUCAAUGCGAGCGCUCGACUUCAACACCAGAACUCAGGUCACCAGGGAGGCUAUUUCUGUGGUGUGUGAGGCAGUACCCGGAGCCAAAGGAGCCCAGCGCAGGAGAAAGCCUUCCUCUCGCUGUCUGACCUCCAUCCUGGGGAAGAGUAACCUGCAGUUUGCUGGCAUGACAAUCAGCCUCACCAUCUCGACCAGCAGCCUCAACCUGCUGGCGUCCGACUGCAAACAGAUAAUCGCCAAUCAUCACAUGCAGUCCAUCUCCUUUGCUUCUGGAGGAGACCCAGAUACGGCUGAGUACGUAGCAUAUGUGGCCAAAGACCCAGUCAACCAGAGAGCAUGUCAUAUCCUGGAGUGUUCAGAGGGUUUAGCCCAGGAAGUCAUCAGUACCAUCGGCCAGGCUUUUGAACUGCGGUUUAAACAGUACCUAAAGAACCCCCCCAAACUGGUCACACCUCAUGACAGAAUGGCUCCAUUUGAUGGCUCUGCAUGGGAGGAAGAAGAUGAUGAGGCUCCUCCACCUCCUGACGUCCCUUACUAUAAUAAUUUCCCUGGAAAACAGCCUCCCCCUGGUGGACUGAUUGACAUGAGGACCCGCCCAGGUGCCACGCUGCCUUAUGGACAGCCAGGUCAGAAUGACAUUCACAAGCAGCCGCUGCCGCCUCUACCAGUUGGAGCCAAAGAUGGGGGGAGGGAACUGUUUGACGACCCUUCAUACGUCAAUGUGGAUAAACCCCGCCCUCCAGUUGCAGCCAAUGGAAAUGCUCACAGAGAUGCUUUUGACAUGAAGCCAUUUGAUGAUGCCCUGGGCGUCUCUGGGCACGGUGGCCAAAGCUCAGUGACAACAGCGCCCCCUCUGGUGCAGCAGUUGCAGUGUGAGGCCUGGUUCCACGGUAGCUUAAGUCGCAAGGAAGCAGAGAGGCUGCUGACACAGGAUGGAGACUUCCUGGUGCGAGAGUCUGGGACCACGCCUGGACAAUACGUCCUCACGGGACAGCAGGGUGGUCAGCCCAAACACCUGCUACUAGUCGACCCAGAAGGAGUGGUCCGUACAAAAGAUCACCGGUUUGAAAGUGUGAGUCACCUGAUCAGCUACCACAUGGACAACAGACUCCCCAUCGUAUCAGCUGGUAGCGAAGUGUGUCUGCAACAGCCAGUAGAGCGCAGGGUCUGACGUCACAUGCCAACAAAGAAAUACUCCACCAAAUAUACAAUUCACCAUAAGACAAGCAUACCUUCAUAUGCUAUAAAUCACACAGUGACACUACACGCAGCACAUACAUAACGAUACAUAUGUACACACCACAACAAAGAAAGCCA